AUGUCCUUAGAGGCUCUCCAAACGGGCUACGAGGUUCGAACCGGAACCUACAGACAGCUGUUCCACCCGGAGCAGCUGUGUACAGGCAAGGAGGACGCCGCCAACAACUACGCCCGCGGUCACUACACCAUCGGCAAGGAGAUCAUUGACCUAGUUCUCGACCGGACCCGGAAACUGGCGGAUGGCUGCACAGGCCUCCAGGGAUUUCUGCUGUUCCACAGUUUUGGCGGCGGCACGGGGUCAGGGUUCACCUCUCUCCUCAUGGAGCGACUGUCUGUGGACUACGGGAAGAAGGCCAAGCUGGAGUUUGCUAUCUACCCAGCCCCGCAG